AUGGAGGAUCCGGUCAUCCAACCUGCCCCCAAUAUCCUGCCCUAUCUGCGGUAUAAUCUGCAGACUGGAGCCGUGCCAUCAUCAUGCAAGCCGUCACCACCAUUUUCGAAUCCGCCAAUCGUGGCGGCAUCUCCUCCAGGGGUUGGUCCAUUGGCACCUUUCGAGGCCUUCCUUCUUGGCUAUUACCAAACAGCUUCAACUCUCAAGUUGACUGAAGACCAAGUCGUCCUCGACUAUGAACAUAGCCUCUGGUGCAUACCGACACUCGUUUCUUCAAUAUCUUCAGAUCUAGAGCAAUCUGCAGCAUUGAGACCCAACUUACGCACCGACCCUCGCACUGGCACCACCACCAACAACAACUCUCGUUCCCCGGAAAUUGGGUUUCCACCUUUGUCGUCGAAGCAAGUCAGCAUCUUUCCGCAGCACCGGCACGACGACGACACUGUCAAUGAAUUGUAUCUAAAGCCACCACAAGGCUUGCACCUUGAGAAUCGCUCUCUGACUUCCCUGUUCAAUGCGCACAUUGGCAAUAUGACCACGACGACCGCCAGUGCCCCAGGAUCACCUCCUGACUUGGCAGAAGACCGGUCCUCCAAAGGCUCGUCUUAUUCCUCCACCUUUUCCAGCCCCGAUGGCUUGGAUUCGGACACCACAAACUUCGAGGAGAUUGGGCUUGACGAUGAACGACACCAGGCCACCCAGAGCAGCCAUUCGCGUGAUGAUUUGGGGCAGUCCUUUGGUUCACCACAAGAGCCCAUGCGAACAAAAGUGGCGGAGACGGUGGGAAAUAAAGCGGCCCUUUCACAGUUACAAACACACGGAAGAGCAGUGGGCUGGACGCAUGACUCGACACCACUCCGGACAUGCGGUCCAAGAACGAUGCUCAUAAAACGUGGCCUCACAAGUCAGGAGGCGUUGAUUAGCACGAGGACAAGGUCCUCCUCUCCGCGGGACCGACGAGUGCUCGCGUCGGUCUCGACCGCAUCCCUCAGCGCUGGAGGUCUACGACCAGUUCCUCACCGAUCCGCGUCCUCCUUUGGCGUACCGGAGCGUCGGGCGUCAUGGCAACCGCAGCGAAAGACUGUGCAGGAGCUUGAGGCCGAAUACCAUGACUCGGACGACGAGUUGCCGGAGGAUGCUAGCCUUUGGAACGUCCCUGUAUCGCCCUUUACACCGGCUAACCGGUCAAACCGGUCCAGCCUUCGUGGUAGCCCGGAAAGAGAUCAUGUCAGUCACAGCCCUCGCCCGAUACCUCUCGCACAUGCCAAAACAGCGCCGGAAACUCCCCCUCGAGCGACUCUUCGUUCCCAGACAUUACCAAAGCAGAGGAGCCAUACGUCAAAGGCCACCUCGUACAAACAGGCCAGGUCGAAUCCUUCGUCACCGCGCAGAGCUGAUCGUAUACCUCUGGGGAGGACGAAGUCGUGGAACUUCGCCAUGGCGGAUCUGAGUGAAGAAGCCAGGAUUAUUUCGGAGGCGUUAGAGUAUUACGCUGAAGCCCGAGGACAGGAAGCGCGGGAAAGCCUGCGAGGAGGCUCUUCGCGAGAGAGUCUGCCGACAUUAAUCGAUUCCACUUCAAGAACAUCUUCGAUACAGUUGCCGCCCAUCCAAAAAAGCACUUUGGAUUUCAUGCCCAUCUCCAAAGAAAAGGAGGCCGUGCUGUCCCGGACACGACCGUCGUGGUUGCCGCCGAAAGACCCCAAGGAAGAACGUCGGCACCUGAGAGAAUACAGACGUAUGAUGGCAGCAUCAAUGGGUACGGAGAAGAAGCAUCGCGCGAAACUGCAGACGGAGGAAUGCGAAAAGGAUGGCACACGGGAUUCGUUGCAUCGAAUUUGGCAGUAUUACGUGGCGGACUCGACCGAUCUGGCCACGAUUGACCAACGAGUCAACAACCUCUGUUGGCGCGGGAUCAGUCCCAGCCUCCGGGGAAAGGUCUGGCAGAGAGCCCUAGGAAAUCCGCUUGGCCUCACCCGUCAAAGCUACGAAAGUGCGCUUCGGCGAGCCAGAGAGAUCAAGAAGCGGCCUAGUGAAGAGCUUGGCCGUGAUGAUAAGGGCAUGGAGCGGUGGUUCGUGGACAUUGAGAGGGACGCCGAGACGGCUUUCCCAGAACUGCAGCUAUUUCAACGGAAUGGGCUGCUCUGGCAAGAUCUCGUCGACCUCUGCGAGGCUUACGCAUGUUACCGAAGCGAUGUGGGAUAUAUUUAUGGAAUUCAACUCAUCGCGGCGUUGCUGUUGCUGCAACUACCCAGCCCCGCGGACGCUUUUGUUCUGUUGGCCAACUGUUUGAAUCGCCCGGUACCACUGGCGUUCCAGAUCAACGACACCCUAGCGACUGGUCGCACCUAUCAUCAUGCCGUUUCGACUCUGGCCACUAAGUAUCCCCGUCUUCAUGAAUAUCUGUUUGGCUCAAUGGAACACGGGGGUCUCGGCUUCACCGCGGAAGAAGUAUUCGAACCGAUGCUCCGAACCAUCUUUUCCAACGGGCUGGAUGUUGACCGACUGUGCCGUGUCUGGGACGUCUGGGUCUUCGAAGGGGACCGCACCCUGGUCCCGGCGGCGGUGGCCAUCCUCGGCAGCUUGCAGCCUCAAUUGUUCGAGAUCCAGGGCGAUGUCACUCUGAAAAAGCGCAACAUCCAAGAAACGCUUGGGUGGGGACCAUUCAAUCGGCAGCCCCAGUCUGGCCAUUGGGAUCUUCAGGCCUUGGGGGGCGAAGAUAGGUUCAUGGAAGAAGUCCGGCUUGCAGGCACUCUGGACUAUGCGGGCAACUGA